AUGGGUAAACACGCGCGCAAGAGGCAGCGCACGGACGAUGUCGCACCCCCGCUCGGCUCAGAACUCGGGCUCGCCGACGAGGCCGGUAAAGACGACGAGGAGCGCCGGCUCGAGAGUCUGCUGUUCGGCAAGCCUUACAUCCCUUGCGGAGAGGCGAAAUCCGCGUUCAGCCAGGAGGAAGACGGCGUUGUGGGAGCAGAACUGGAGGCUAUGCUGGACGCAGAUCUUUUCUUUCUCGACCACGGCGCCCCGGCUGCUGUGCCGACAGACGACCGGGCCGGGUCUGACGCCGAGAAUGCUCUACCGACACCCGCACCUUCCGAACCUCCACAGCCUGCGCCUCUAGCCAAGCCCCGAAGGAAGGCUCCUGCGUGGGAGGAUCCGGAUGACGGUGCACUACAAGUCGAUCUGGCAGCGACGACACGUUUGCGCAAAUUGCGUGAUGCGCCCUCUGAGGAUGCUGUGGCCGGAAGGGAAUACGAGCGUCGGUUGCGGAGGCAGUUUGAGAAGAUUAACCCGACGCCUAUCUGGGCUACCAACGCUCGGAAAAAGCGGAGGAGAUCUGGUGCGGACGGACAGGGGGACGAGGUGGAUACGGAGAUGGACGCUUUGCUCUCGGGUUCUGGUGGAAUCGUGGGGCAACCGGCCAGGAGAACGAUCGAGCCGGGGACUCUUAACAUCGAGAGAUUGAGGGAUGCGAACCAAUCUGCGCCUGCGGAGGGCGAGGUCAAAGCGAUCCAGUUCCACCCUUCACCUCAGGUUCCCCUACUCUUGACGGCAAGUGCGGACAGGAGGGUGCGGCUAUACAACGUUGACGGACACACAAAUCCGCAUCUACAAACGCUACAUAUACCCGAUCUUCCAACAUCUUCUGCUCACUUUCACCCUACUGGUUCUUCUAUUCUCUUGACCGGCCCCAGACCAUACUACUACUCGUAUGAUCUACAAUCCGGGACAACCUUACGCUCCCCACGCGGUCUAUGGGGCACGACCUUCUCGCGUUCUCAUACAAAUGCAGACGAGCUGAGUAUGGAGAUCGCAGCCUUCAACCCUUCAGGCGACGUCCUUGCAGUCGCGGGUCGGCGCGGUUACGUUCAUCUUGUGGACUGGCGCGCAGGCUUGGGGCAAGUCGUGGCGAGCGUCAAGGGAAACACCACGGCAAAAUCCAUGUGGUGGUCGGGUAACCGACUCAUGACGCUCGGCGAGGAUUCGGAGGUAUACCUCUGGGACGUUGGGGAGCGGAGAUGCGCACGGAGAUGGAAGGAUGAUGGAGGCUUCGGUGCCACCGUCCUAACAGGCGACAGGCCAAGCAGCUAUCUCGCCGUAGGGUCAAAAUCUGGCAUCGUGAAUGUAUAUGGUGGCGACGCCUUUAGUGCAUCCGCCACCCAGCGUCCGAAACCGUUCAAAGCCAUUUCUAACCUGACCACGGCCAUCACCUCUGCAAAGUUCAAUCACGAUUCGCAGCUUCUCGCGCUCGCCAGCAACGCCAAAAAGGACCAGCUCCGACUAAUCCAUCUUCCAUCCUUGACCGCGUUCUCCAACUGGCCGACGGCGGGCACUCCGCUCGGCCAUGUCAGCUGCGUGGAGUUCUCUGCGAAUAGCGAAUAUCUUGCAAUGGGGAACGGCCGUGGACGUGUAUUACUCUACCAUCUUCGGGACUUCACUGUAUCCUAG